AAUUGAUGAAGAAACAGUGCUUUAAGAUUAUUUUUGGUUAAAUGAUAUUAUUAGCACCAGAUAUAGUCUAAUUUUAUUUUUUAUUAACAUUUCUACUACAUAAAUUAUAAACGCUUUAUUAAAAUGUCUUCUAUACCAGCAGCCGACGAGAUUGAUGAAGCGAAAGAACGCGCCCAUUUUCAAGCCGUUGUAAAUGCUUUUAAAUAUUAUAAAUUAUGCUGCUUAGACAGAAUACACAAAUCUGAAAAAAUAAUAUCAAUAUUGCCAGAUUUACAUCAAAAGAGAUUAGAUAAAUACCGAACAUACCUCACUAAGUUUAAAAAGUGUCUUGAUGUCAAUAACAGUGUUGUUCACCUCAUAAUAAAACAUGUUGACACAAUGUUUGAAAAUGUAGACCAUACAAUAGAUCCAGCUGAGACAAAUGGUACAGAAAUUGGAUGUAAUUACAAUAAUUGUGAUAUUAGCUCACAGAAAAAGCAUAAAAUGCAGCAUGACGUGGAAAAGGUACAAACAGUAAUUAAGAAUAUUGUAAGAGAUUGGAGUGAGGCUGGGGCAGCUGAAAGAGAACAAUGUUAUAAACCUAUAUUAGAUGAGUUAGAAGCGAGAUAUCCUAAGCAAGAAUUCAUUGACAGGUCACACAUUAAAGUAUUAGUGCCGGGUGCAGGUCUUGGAAGGUUGGCUUGGGAAAUAGCCGCCAGAGGAUUCUCCUGUCAGGGGAAUGAGUUUUCAUUGUUCAUGCUCUUCGCCAGUAAUUUUUUAUUGAAUAAAUGCCACGAGGAAAAUGAAUAUACAGUGUAUCCCUGGGUGCAUCAGUAUGUGAACCACAUGACCAGCGAACACCAAGUGACACAAGCCACCUUCCCCGAUAUACCACCUUCGAGUUACCAAUCCCACUUCUCUAUCACAGCCGGAGAUUUCCUAAAGGUAUACAAAACAGCUGAUGAUUGGGAGUGUGUGGCAAGUUGCUUCUUCAUAGACUGUGCGCCAAAUGUCAUUGAAUUUAUUGAGAGGAUCUACGAAAUAUUGAAGCCUGGUGGUAUAUGGAUUAAUUUGGGACCGCUUUUGUAUCAUUAUAGCGACAUGCCAAAUGAGAUAAGCAUAGAACCACCAUACGAUAUAUUGAUGGACAUAAUUUCAGAUGUUGGCUUUGAAAUAUUGAAAGAGAAAACCGGUGUUAAAACGAAAUACGCCCAAAAUCCCAACUCGAUGCUACAAAACGAGUACAAUUCAGUAUAUUUUGUUUGUAGGAAACCGUCAAGUUAAUAAUUGUUACAGGACUGUAAUCGUUAAAUAUGAUAACGUUAAAAUUAUAUAUUUAAUUCGGUAAAUAUAAAUAGGUUUUCGAAUGAAAAAUAAAAAGAAUUCAAAAUAUUUUCACCUGUCAUCAAUUUUGACAGAUAAAUGACAUAAAACCACUUGCGCCGGUUAUAAUAAUAACAGAAUCGUACGUCUUGUGAGUCUUGGUAGGUUCACUUUCAAUGUGAAAAAUGCCGUCGAAUGUGGGUAGAUGGAGCGUAUGCGGGUAGUCCAAAAAAAAUUUACAUAAGUAAAAAUGGUAUUAUCUGACUUUAAAUUGUUAAAGGCAUUGUUUUUAUUUUGAAUCCCUUUUGAUGUUAAUAUGUUUAGAUACAAAUAAUUUUCAGUGGUUCAGAAUUAAACCGGGUUUCAGUGAAAACGGGCAUCUUAACGCUUAUAAUAACUUUCCGUUGUGUCAAAAUCUUUUAGAUUUGUCAUACGGAAGUCGUACUAAGCGUUAAGUUUACCCUUAGUGUCGACUAUGCAUGAGAUGCAGGUAAGAUUCAGAAACGUGACUUACGUUUAUGACUUAGGGUAAUUCUCCAAACCACAGAGUCGAGAAUUAGCAUUAACAAUGAGUUGUCAUAAACGUAUUGAAUUUCGUCAUACGGCAGUCUAGGGUUAUAGUUGGACCUGAAUAUCGUUUCUGAAUUGAGAUUCCUUCCUUGAAACCCUUUGAUCCGACUUUUUAUAUUUUUCACCUAAUUUGCGUUCCAAAGCCCCACUAUGUUUGUUGUUUAAGCAGGUAGAGCCCCAUUUUAUACUCAAAUGACCGAAUCUACGUGAUUUUUAUUUGAAUUAAGUCUAACAAAAUGUAUUAUUUGUGUAGUAUUUUAUGUUAAACCAAUAAAUCUUUACUCAAUUA